CCUGGAUUUUAUUUCAUUACAAUUGUACCAUUUCACAGUGUUCUCACCCACAUUUAUAACUAUACCCAGUCUUCAUGUUUUGUAUAUAAUUAACCCCAAACUUUUUCUACGCUCUUCAAUUUUAUAUCUUUGAUUAUCUUUUUUUCUCUUCUGAAAGGGAAAGAAUUAAGAGAGAUGAGCGGCAAUGGAAUUGUGGAGAAGGCCCUUAGCAGCCUGGGAAGAGGAUUCGAUUUAACAUCGGAUUUUCGACUCAAGUAUUGCAAGGGCAAGGAAAGGCUGAUUUUACUCAAUGAAACAGAGAGAAGAGAGAUUGCCAUACCUGGUUUUGGAGCUAUCAGAGAUGUUCCUGUUGAUAUCAAAUGCGACAAAGGCGAUCAUACUCGUUAUCAGUCUGAUAUUCUUGAUUUCAAUCAGAUGGCGGAGUUUUUCAACCAGAAAAGUAGUCUUCCGGGGAAAAUUCCAUCAGGGCUAUUCAAUUCAAUGUUUGGUUUCCAAAGCGGUUCAUGGGCAAAAGAUGCAGCCAAUACCAAAUACUUGGGACUUGAUGGAUAUUUCAUCAUAUUGUUCAAUGUUCAUAUUGAUCGCUAUCCCCUCCUUCUCUCUCAAGAAGUUCUGAAUGCUGUUCCAUCCGCUUGGGAUCCUUGUGGCCUAGCAAGAUUCAUUGAGAAAUACGGGACUCAUGUCAUUGUGGGGUUAAGCAUUGGUGGCCAAGAUGUGGUUUUGGUUAGGCAAGACAAAUCUUCCAACUUGGAGCCUUCACAGCUCAAAAAACAUCUGGAUGUUCUUGGAGACCAAUUAUUUACAGGGACUUGCAGCUAUACACCCAACACCAAAGAGCAAAAGCAAAAGGUACCGCAGGCUUUCAAUUUCUUUGAUCAACAACCUGUUGCCUUCAAUCGCUACCCCUUCAUCUGUACCAAAGAUGGAAUCACUGUUAUAUGUUCAAAGAGGGGAGGUGACCCAGAAGCUAAUAGCCAUUGUGAGUGGCUUCCAACAGUUGCAGGAAUGCCGGAUGCCAUUAAUUUUAACUUCAUUCCCAUCACUUCUCUCCUUAAAGGUGUCGCUGGCAAAGGUUUCUUAUCACAUGCCAUCAAUUUAUACCUUCGAUACAAGCCUCCUAUAGGGGAUCUGCAGUACUUUCUUGACUUCCAAUCACACAAGAUUUGGGCUCCCAUUCACAAUGACCUUCCUUUGGGUCCUUCCCCAAAUAGGGCUUCUUCAUCACCAGCUCUUCACUUCAACUUUUUGGGUCCUAAGCUUUAUGUAAACACUUCUCAGGUCACAGUAGGGAUGAGACCUGUAACUGGGAUGCGCUUGUAUCUUGAGGGCAUGAAAUGCAAUAGGCUAGCUAUUCACCUUCAACACCUAUCGAAUCUACCAAAAACAUUGGAAAACAAGAUGGACGACAUACAAUACUGGCAAGCAUCAGAAGAUACAGCUGAUAUUCGAUUCUUCGAAGCUAUCCAUCGCAAAAAAUUUUCUCAUAUAUGCACAGCCCCAGUUAAAUAUAACCCAAAAUGGACUGCUGGCAAGGAUGUUGUCUUCAUCGUCACCGGUGCUCAAUUGCAUGUAAAGAAACGUGAUUCCAAGAGUGUUCUCCAUCUUAGACUGUUGUUUUCCAAGGUCUCCGGUUCAUUUCUAGUUCAGUCAAGUUGGGCACAAGCCGCCUCUGGAUUUUCCCAAAGGUCUGGUUUACUUUCAGCCAUAAGCCAAUCCUUAACAGGCAACCCUGUAAAGAAAAAGGAGGUGGCGGUUGUGGUGGAUUCCGCCGUGUACCCAACAGGGCCACCAGUGCCUGUUCAAACACCAAAGCUAUUGAAGUUUGUAGAAACCUCGCAAUUAUGCAAAGGGCCUCAGGAUAGUCCGGGGUAUUGGCUUGUUACCGGUGCCAGGCUACAACUGGAGAAAGGGAAGAUAAGUUUGCACGUAAAGUUUUCUUUGUUAAAUACUACAUGUUAGCUAAAGAUUAUUAAUUGGGGUUUCAACUUUCAAUUGAUAGAGAAAUUUGUAUUUCAGUUUUGAUUUUUUUUUUUUUUAAGGAUUUCACCUCGUUGGAAGCCACAUGUCUCUAUUAUAUGUCACAUGAAAAUUGUUUAGGAAAUUAAAUGUGUAGUUUCCUGUAAAACGUAUAUAUAAAAAUCUACAAAUAUUUUUAAUUGAAUUAAUU